UUUUCGCUUUCUAGCGGGUCUGCAAACGUCGAAGCAUUCCAUGACUACAAGCAACGGAAUGGGGGACAGCGCCCGUGCCCGAGUGGAGACGGUGUCUUUCCGAGUAGCAGGCUUCUUGGACAUCCUUGACUGGAGGCCUGUGCUGUUUCAAGAGCCCAUCAUAGCACAAAGAGCAUGUGCCCUGUGCGGCGUUGUGUACAAGAAAGCAGUCAGACUUUCCUGCGUGCACACACUGUGCUUAAAAUGCCAUGCAAAGUGCGUCGACAAAGGAAGUGUAUGCCCUGUUGACCAGGAACCCUUUUGCGAAGAAGAUGUAGAGAAACUGGAGGUCUCUGUUGAGUACAUUUUGAAACGUAAGGUUGCCUGCUGGAACGCACCUAGAGGCUGCUGCUUUAUCGGUUCUGCUGCCAGCCUCCUGGACCACUGCAAGGAGUGCCACUUCAGCAUCGUGUCCUGCUGCCUCUGCCACUCGGCAGUGUCGCAAGGCGACAUUUGGGAGCACUUCAAGAGUGGCUGCAGCAUUGACGAAGCCACCCUUGAACCUGCCCACAAUCCCACCACACAAGACCUCGGAGAAGUCACCAGAGCUUGCCUCGAGAUGAAGCAAGCCAUGGGAAGGAUCGGCGAAGAGAUAAUGUCGCUGAAAACCAGUUUGAACCAGUGCUGUGAAGACAUCAGAGCAACAGAUGUGAGCUGCAUACAGCUGUUGGAAGAUCAGGCGUCCAGGAUCGGUGACCUCAAUGCACUCUGUGCUGCUGGCUUUACCAAAGAACAAAGGGCACUUGAAAAAGCUGUCGCCGACGUGUCCGUCGUUGUGACGAACGACGGCAACAGAAACAGAGAGCUGGUGAGUCAGGAAUUGUGUACACAUAGCGACCGGCUCAUUACGGGCACAGAAAAAGUGUCUACCACUGUGACAAGCAACAGAGAGCUAUUGAUUAAGAAACUACAUGCAGAGAGCAACCGGCUGAUUGCAUGCACAAAAGGGCUGUCCGGGGAAUUCAUUUAUUUCUGUGGGCAAAGGGCAUAUCACUGGUACACCAGUGACUGGGCUCGCAUGAAGGCCACAGCAAUGAAAGGUGGCUCUGCAGACUCCCUCAGCCCCACGUGGUAUGCCUUUGGAUACAGGGUUCGUCUUCAUCUUAAGCUUCAGAAGAACGAGAACGGAGAGCUCCAUCUCGGCUGUUUUUUCAGUAUCCAUCCUGGCAGCAAUGAUUCGGACCUUGGGUGGCCUUUUAGUAAAUCACUUGAAUUCAAAAUUGUUCAUCCUAAGUGCCGGUCAAUGGACAUCUCCGACAAAAUUAAUGCCGACUUACAUCGAGAACAACCCGCUUUUCAGAAGCCGAGAGGAACCUGGACUACAGGGUGUGGAACGGGUUCCCUCUGCUCUGCAGAUAAACUCGACAAUGGAGGGUUUCUUUGCGGCAACACACUGCACAUCGUCUUGGAGGUCAAGUCGUAGCCAAUUCACUGCAAUUGCUUCAAGGUGGCCAAACUGUAGAGAAUGAUUUUGCAAACAUGCCUAUUUUUGCAGUAUGUUUUGAGAAAAGAUUAGGGAACAAAGCAUUCCCAGAAAUGGAUGAAUUAUUAGUUUUUGUAACCUUAAAACUGAAAAUAGCAAUAGAGUUUUCAGGGCAGCGACCUGUGUACAAACAAUAGUCAAACAAA